GGCCAUGGCUGAUCCUGGCAACAGAGGAGGGAUCCACCACCCCUUGAGCUUCACCUGCUCCCUGCUCAUUGUGGGAAUGUGCUGUGUAACUCCUUUCUUCUGCCAUAGCCAGACAGACCUGCUGGCUCUUAACCAAGCUGAUCCUCAGUGCUGGGAAUCCUCCUCAGUGCUUCUCCUGGAAAUGCGGAAGCCUCGCAUUUCCAACACUGUUUCGGGCUUCUGGGAUUUUAUGAUCUACCUGAAGUCAUCUGAGAACUUGAAGCAUGGAGCACUGUUUUGGGAUCUGGCUCAACUCUUCUGGGACAUCUAUGUAGACUGUGUGCUCUCUAGGAACCACGGCUUAGGAAGGAGGCAAUUGGCUGGAGAGGAAGAGAAAAUCUCAGCAGCACAGCCACAGCACACAAGGAGUAAACAAGGUACAUAUUCUCAACAACUAAGGACCUCCUUACUAAAGAAGAAAGAGUUGAUUGAAGAUUUGAUAAGCAUGCAUGUGCGUAGAAGUGGGUCUAGUGCUAUUGGAAAAGUGAACCUGGAAAUAAAGAGAGAAUAAAUUGAACUCGGAGCUAAUUCAUGCCUUGGAAUUAAAUAUACAAAUAUAUAACAUUUUUCUUAACUAUUGAUUAUUUAUUUAUUUUAAAUGGUGGGAAUGCCCAGAGAUAAAUAUGAACCCAAAUUCUCUCAGUGUCCUUAUUUAAAGCUGCUUUCUAUUAUUUAUUUAUUUAUUUUAGGCUGCUAGCAUGUUUCUUCAAAUGGUGACAUUACUGCCAGUCUAUCCCACAGUCUAAAGGAGUUAAACGACUUCCAGAGAUGACUUGGGGAUUCUUUGUAUCCAUUUAAUAGUUCAGUUUGGGAUGCUUGACAUGUUAAUAAACUAGUGUGCCAUACUUUUAACUUGAAUACACUGCAUGGCUCCCAAGACUUUAACCACUGGAUUGCUUAUGCAUAGGCACAUAAGGGACGAUAUUUAUUAAUUACUAGCUACUGACAAUCUAUGAUACCUGAAUCUUGUUUGAAAGCAUAUUUUUGAAUACUGAAUGAAGCAAAAAGCAAAGCAAAACAAAAAACUGGCAAAUAAAGCAUUCUUCUAAUGAAAACAAAAUUAAUAAAA